AUGAACCAACAAUCACACAUUGCACAACAUAUUGAGAAAUUCACAUCUCAAGAAAUAGUAGAGAAUAGACUUCGCUUGAGAACUUCAAUUGAGGCAACGAGAUGGCUUGCAUUACAAGGAUGUUCUUUUAGAGGUCAUGAUGAGUCAAUUGCAUCAAUGAACGGUGGAAACUUUUUAGAACUAUUGAGUAUCAUUGCCUCUUUUAAUGAUGAAGUAACAAAAGUUCUUGAUAAAGCUCCACGAAAUGCAUCAUAUACAUCACCAACAUUACAAAAGCAAAUUUUGCAAGUGUUGGCAACUAAAGUAAAAGGUGCUAUCCGAGAAGAAAUUGGCCAUGAAAAGUUUUGUAUCAUUGUUGAUGAAGCUCGAGAUGAAUCAAAGAAGGAACAAAUGUCAAUUGUUUUGAGAUUUGUUGAUAGAGAUGGCUUUAUACAAGAGCGUUUCUUUGGAGUUGUUCAUGUUAAGGACACUAGUGCAUCAACAUUGAAAGAAUGUAUCUUUUCUAUCUUAUCUCGUCAUAACCUUGCUGUUCAAAAUAUUUGGGGACAAGGUUAUGAUGGUGCAAGUAACAUGCGUGGAGAAUGGAAUGGAUUGAAAGCUUUAAUCUUGGAUGAAUGUCCUUAUGCUUAUUAUGUUCAUUGUUUUGCACAUCGAUUGCAAUUGGCAUUAGAAGCUUCAUCAAAGGAAGUCAUUCCUGUCCAUCAAUUUUUCACCAAGUUGAACUCCAUUAUAAAUGUUGUUGGGGCUUCAUAUGGAACUACACAUGCUCACCGUGGAGAUGCCGAUACAGCUUAUGAGGUUCUGGAGAUUUCUAAUAUGCUUUGCCAAGCUUUGCAACUUCAAUCUCAAGAUAUAUUGAAUGCAAUGCAUCUUGUGUCAUCUACAAAAUUGCAUAUUCAAACUUUAAGAGAUAGUGGAUGGGAUGAAUUAGUUGCAAGUGUGAAGUCUUUUUGUGAAACUGUCAAUAUAACUGUGCCGAAUUUUGAUGCUCAAUAUAUUGCAAGAAGAGGAAGGGCUAGACAUCAACAAGAUGAAUUAACAAUUGGACAUCAUUACAAAGUUGAUAUUUUUAAUGCGGUGAUUGAUUCUCAGUUGCAAGAGUUGAGUAAUAGGUUUGAUGAUAAAGCAAUUGAGUUAAUUAUUCUCAGUUCAUCGUUGGAUCCAAAAGAGAUGCGUGUAUCAUUCAGAAUUGAUGAUGUUUGCAAGUUGGUAGAGAAGUUUUACACACGAGACUUUGAAGAUUAUGAGAUUUUGCAAUUGAGAAUGCAACUUGAACAUUUUGAACAUGUGCAACAACUUCCUGAUUUUAGAAUACUAGAAAGUAUUUCUGAUCUAUGCCAAUGGUUGGCAAAAACUAGAAAAUCAAACAUCUAUCCUCUUGUGUUCAGAGUAGUAACUCUCAUUCUCACACUUCCAGUAUCUACCGCUACUACAGAACGAUCUUUUUCUGCCAUGAAUAUAGUCAAGACUACACUUCUUAACAAGAUGGAAGAUGAAUUUCUUAGUGACUGUUUGUUAGUAUACAUUGAAAAACAAAUUGCAAAACAAUUUAGUAUAGAUUCAAUUAUAGAUGAUUUUUGUGACAUCCAAGAGAGACGGUCUAAAUUUUAG